GCUCCACCUGACAUACCGGGACCUAGGGCCUGCAAGGGGGUCCCAGGGCCUUGGUCGGGAGGCUCGGGCAGCCUCCAGCGCCAUAACCUUCCUCCCAGUCUCUAUCAAACGGAGCCCACUCUGGAAAUCCACGCUCCACCCCCUCAGCUAGCGCUCCCCUCCAGACGGCCCUGACAUUGUUAGGAAUCCACCUGCAAGCAUUUAUUAGGCACCUACUGGUGUGAAGUACGAGGCUAGACCAAAGAUGAACCCGCUCUCGACCCAAAGGAAAUUACAUUCUACGAUACCAUGACAACCAUGGAUGAUAAGCUGCUUGGGGAGAAGCUGCAGUACUACUACAGCAGCAGUGAGGAUGAAGACAGUGAGAAGGAAGACAAAAUUAAGGACACUGCACUGGGUGAUUCUGUUUGUGGAGAGACAGAGCUAGCCAGAGAUGGUAUCACAGUUAACACAGGUCCAAAAGGGGUCAUCAAUGACUGGCGCAGGUUUAAGCAGCUGGAGACAGAGCAGAGAGAAGAGCAGUGUAGAGAAAUGGAAAGACUCAUCAAGAAGUUGUCCAUGACUUGUCGGUCUCAUUUGGAUGAAGAGGAUGACAAACAGAAACAGAAAGAGCUUCAAGAUAAAGUCAAUGGGAAGAUGACCUUGAAGGAGUACAGCAUGAUGAAUGAGGAGCAGGACGAUGAAGAGUUUUUACAACAAUAUAGGAAACAACGAAUGGAUGAGAUGAGGCAGCAGCUGCACAGUGGGCACCACCAGUUCAGGCAGGUCUUUGAGAUCACCAGUGGGGAAGCAUUUUUGGACACAGUUGAUAAAGAACAGAAAAGCAUACUCAUCGUGAUUCACAUUUAUGAAGAUGACAUCCCUGGGGCAGAAGCAAUGAAUGGCUGCAUGAUCUGCCUCGCUGCUGAGUACACCUCUGUCAAGUUCUGCAGAGUGAAGAGCUCCCUCAUUGGGGCCAGCUCCCGGUUCACCAGUAAUGCCCUUCCUGCGUUGCUGAUUUAUAAGGGAGGAGAAUUAAUUGGUAAUUUUGUCCGAGUCACUGACCAGCUUGGAGAAGAUUUUUUUGCUGUGGACUUGGAAGCAUUUUUACAAGAGUGUGGUUUGCUCCCAGAAAAAGAAAUGGUGCUGCUGACAUCAAUCCAUAACCCAACUGCUGAUUUCAGUGAGGAUAGUGAUCUGGAAAUAGAUUGAAGUGGUAGGGAAAGGGACUAUUAGUGUAGGGGUGAGUAAGUACAAGUAGGGGGCUUGUCUUCUGAGGUACAUGUCUACAUGUUUAUUAUUGUUCCUUCCUGUGCACUUUGGCUUUUUGCCUAUUCUUUGUAAACUCCUUUAUUAUAUGUAAAAUUAAAGGUUCUUAACAUUUCUUAGAUUAAAUCAAUAAAAUGUUGAAUCACUGUG